GAAGAUAUCGCCACAAGGUUCGGCAUAAAGAUGAGUUCAUUUGCAGGCCGAAUGAAGGAGUAUCCCACCCUUUCUCUGGACCGGUUCGACAGGGAGAACCUACAUGCCCGGGCAUAUUUCCUCUCCCACUGCCACAAAGAUCACAUGAAAGGACUGAAAGGACCUCUGUUAAAGAGAAAGCUUCAGUUCAGUCGUACAGUCAGGCUGUACUGCUCUUUCGUGACCAAAGAGCUUCUGCUGAGCAAUCCAAAGUACGCUUUCUGGGAGGAAUACAUUGUGCCGUUGGAGCUGGAGAGCCCAACUCAGAUUUCGCUUGUGGACGAAGCAUCAGGAGAGAAAGAAGACGUUGUGGUGACGUUGCUUCCCGCAGGUCACUGUCCCGGCUCUGUUAUGUUCCUGUUUGAAGGUUCUCAGGGGAACGUGUUGUACACAGGAGACUUCAGGCUGGCUGUUGGAGAUGCGUCCAGAAUAGAACAUCUACACUCCGGCAACAGGGUAAAAGAUAUUCAGAGUGUGUAUCUGGACUCCACUUUCUAUGACCCACGCUUCUAUCAAAUACCCACUCGGGAGGUCUGCCUGAACGGCAUCUCGGUGCUUAUUGGAAACUGGAUCAGCCAGAGUCCAUAUCACGUUGUGUGGCUCAACUGUAAAGCUGCGUAUGGAUACGAAUACUUGUUUACCAACCUGGGAGAGGAGUUCAACACUCGGAUCCACGUCAACCAUCUGGCAAUGUUCAAGAAGAUGCCAGAGAUCCUGAGCUACGUGACAACUGAUCGCAGGAUGCAGAUUCAUGCCUGUCGACACCCAAAGGAUGAGGAGUUUUUCCAAGGUAACCGGCUGCCGUGUGGUUGUACGGCGCCUGAUGGGACUCCUCUUCGUAUCAUCAGCAUCAAACCAUCCACCAUGUGGUUUGGAGAGAGGACCAAGAAAACCAACGUUAUAAUAAAAACAGGAGCCAGUUCCUUCAGAGCCUGUUUCAGCUUCCACUCUUCCUACUCUGAGCUUAAAGACUUUCUGUCGUACCUUCGACCAGUCAACAUCUACCCCAGUGUUAUUCCUCUUGGUCGGACACUGACGGAGGUUACACAGAUGUUGAAGCUGAUGUGCCGGAACCAGUCUGAUCAGGCAGCGUUUAUUUACAAACCUCUGGGAGUCCUCAAGCGCAACAGGGUGCAGCGACCUACACAAGAUUCAGGGAGUGAUGAUGAGCUAUUUGAUGGGUUGGACGUAGCACCAGUCAGGAAGAAGAUGGGGCUGAACCAUGAAGUAAAAAAAGAGAAAAGUCCUGAGAGAACAGCACCUCCUGUGUCUGUGGAGGAGUCUUUACCUCUGACAGUCACAGACACACAGUCUGCUACACACAACUAUGUUGACUGCACUGAGUCCAAUGGUGAAGAGGAAGAUGAUGACGAUGAGGAGGGAGAGGAGCAUGACAGAAAAGGAGACACAAAACCGACAAAGAAGGUGAUAAAAGAAGGAGAGAGGAGUAAAGAACCAGACGAAAAGAAGAUGGAGGAAGAACGUAAAGAGACCUCUAACGCUCCGAAAUGGGAGGACUUCUUUAACGGAGAAAUGUUGAGUGACAGCCAGAACAGCCAAUCACAAUCCUGCUGCUCCAACACCACCACCUCCCCCUCCAGGAUGACUGGCUCACAGACACCUGAGCUGUUCAGCGAUCAAGAAGAAGAAACUCAUGAACAUAACGACAACUUCAGCCUGUCCCUGUCUGCCUCUCUGUCGAAUCAUUCCUCCCAGAACAUGGACUCGUGCUUGCCUGACACCUUGAUCCUCCAACCAGAGCAAGGGGGGCGGGAACAAGGAGACGUGUCAACCAACACCAAGACGGAGAGUGAUGAUCUGAUUCUCCCGUCAGAGCUGGAGGAGCUGUCGACGUCUCAGGCGUCUCAGGCAUCGUCGGACUUCGACAUCGCCUGCACACCGGAGUCGAAGGUGCCACGACCUGAUGAACUGUCACAACUGUACAGGAAGUUGGCAUCAGGAGAGGAAGUGGUCAUCAGAAAGGGAAGUCAGGGCUUUGCAUGAUUUGAGGUGAAGUUUUAGGUGAGCCACAGUGCCAUCAUUCCAUCCAUAGUAGAUGCCACACUGUGGAUAAAUGGUAAGAGUUAAUGUUCUACCAAUGCAAAUGGGUCACUGAGUCAUUACCUCAUAAAUAUACAUAUACAUAUACAUAUAUACAUAUUUGUGUGUGUGUGUGUGUAUAUAUAUACACUAUUUAAUAAACACAUAAUGAGCUUCUAUAGCAUCUUACAAGUGCCAACAUUCCUCUCUAGCUUCAGUCUAACCUCCAAACCACACAGACCUCAGUUGUAAAACACCUCCCCCUCCACACACUCACUAUUCAUUCCCAUGCACUUUACGUUGAUUCCUGCCCUAUAUGGAUUAAUGCACCUGUGCACAUCACAGCUGACGUUUCCGUUUUGUCGUUUGUGGUUUGUUCUGCUUUUCUUUCAUUGUGAACUGGAUCAACUGAUGUCAAGCAGAUUAGCUUUUUGUCCAAAUUAAAUAUUUAUUUUCAUCUGAA